CAUGUCAGUGGGAGGGGGCAGGAGGCACAGGUGGGGCGGGUAUAGAGGAAAAGAGUGCGCUCUGGGCUGCUUUAUAACUGUGUGUAACUGGCACAGGCACGAGCAGAAGCUUCUGACAUACAAUGGAAAAGACAACCUGGGAUAAACUGGUUUUUGCCCUGGAGAACCUGCCCAAAGAAAAGUUCAAGAGAUUUAAAGAAAGGCUGAAUCAAUGGGAAACGGCUGGCUAUGGAGUGAUCCCUUGGAGUCAGUUGCAGGAUAAAGAUGCAGGCGAUGUUGCAACUCGUAUUAUCAGCCACUACACUGAACACAUUGGGAUUAAGGUGACCUUAGGGGUGUUACUUGCUAUCGGUGAGAAGAAUGCUCACAAACGUCUCGCACACUCUUUGGGAGUUGGUAAUUUCAUGAAUGACAGUAGUGAAAAUAUGGAGAGGGGAGAGGUGACUGCACCAAGACCCGCCCCCAAUGGCGCCCACCAGGUGACUGUCAGCUCAGCGGCAGUUUUACAAGAAGGUGGAGAUCACUUUAUAGAUAGUAACCGAGUCGCUCUGAUUAGGAGAAUGUCCGAUACCAACAUUAUGCUUGUUCUGGAUGAGCUACUGAGUGAGAAGAUCCUGAAUGAUGUUCAGUACAACACUGUGCAGAGCUGCACAACCUCCCAUGAGAUGAUGAGGAAGAUCUAUGACUAUAUGAGGUCUUGGGGGCACAAAGAGAAGGAAAGGUUAUUCUUCUUUAUUUCAAAGCAUGAUAACUGCCUCAUCAUGGAUCUGAUGGAACAGGAGAGCCAUUCCCUCAACUCCUAAGGAACUUGUCACAAAUCUGAAUGGAAAUCAAGCAAAGAAAAUUAGAAGGCGCACACCCAAAAAUUUAAAUGUGAGGUGCAAUACUUACGGGACUCCCCAAGAAAGUCACCAAAAUCUCAGAAGUAUUUCAUAAAAAGCGAAGAUUGCACACUCCAGAUAAAUAAAAAAAAUCCUUUAUCACAUCAAAACAAAAAAAGUACAAAAGUGGCCCCAAAGCAUAGGCCCUACGCGUUUCGACCGCGGUCUUCAUCAAGGGCAAAAAGAAAUAAACAAAACAAACGUAUAAAGAAUCUGCCAUUCGAAUAUUUACCUUCCUAUGUCAGUACGGUGGUCCCUGUUCCUGACCUUCGCUGAGCGUCUGACGUCACAUCCGGCUCUCGCGUUCUGGCACAAGUAGCAAAUCUGAAUGGACUCUGAACAUAUAUCUAUAGUAUAAAUCAACUGGACUUUAUUAUUUCUCUUAAAAUACAUUGCAAGCUUUCAGAGCACAAAGGCCCCUUCAUCGGGC